AUGCCAACCGACAUUAUUAUGGUGAUGGAGUAUGCUAGGGGUGAAUUGUUCAACCUCAUCUUAGAAAAAGGCAAGAUGUGUGAAGAUGAUGCUCGACGAUUUUUCCAACAGAUCAUUUGUGCUGUAGAGUAUUGCCAUCGUCAUAAGAUCGUCCACAGAGAUCUAAAGCCAGAAAACCUUCUUCUGGAUCCGUAUAAUAAUGUUAAAAUUGCGGAUUUCGGGUUGUCGAAUAUCAUGACUGAUGGUGACUUCCUGAAAACCAGUUGUGGAAGUCCAAAUUAUGCUGCUCCUGAAGUUAUUUCUGGCAGGUUGUAUGCUGGUCCUGAAGUAGACGUAUGGAGCUGUGGGGUUAUUCUAUUUGUCAUGCUUUGUGGACGUUUGCCCUUUGAUGAUGAAUACAUACCAGCAUUAUUCAAAAAAAUAAAUGGUGGAAUAUAUACACUUCCAUCAUUUUUAUCACCAGAUACUAAAGGUUUGCUAAAGUCUAUGUUGGUUGUGGAUCCUUUAAAAAGAAUCACCAUCCAGGAAAUAAGACAAACAUCAUGGUUUAAUGUUGGUUUACCUGAUUAUUUAAAACCUCUUCCAGACAACGAAGAAGUAUCUUUUAGUGAAAUUGAUGAUAGCAUUGUUUCGGAAAUUCACAAGAAAAUGGGAUUUAGUAAAGAUACCAUAUAUAAGGCGCUACAGGAAAUUGAAAAUAAUCAGAUAAAAGUUGCUUAUCAGCUCGUUGUUGAUCACAAACGAAUGAUAACCGCUGGGAGGAUGUCCGGUCCAAAAAAUAUACAAAGCUUUUUAGCAGCAUCCCCUUCAUGGGACACACUUCAGCAUUCUAGGAAGGUAAGUGUGGUGGACGAGGAUGAUGAUGAACCGCCUAGCAUAACUUUAGACGUGAAUGAGGAAGACAAUGAACCGUCCAGUAUAGCUCUAUUAAGUUCAAGCUUGCCACCUGUUGAUGAAUUUCCUAAAGAUUCUCAAAUUCCCUACUCCUUGAGUAAUAAUGUUCCGAUAACAAACAAGAAACCCAAAUCGAGAUCGAAAUGGCAUUUUGGAAUUCGCUCGCAAAACCCACCAUUGGAAGUAAUGUUGGAAAUAUAUCGUUGCCUUAAAAACAUUGGAAUGGAAUGGAAAACCAUUGAUCCUUUCCAUGUUCGGAGUCGUUAUAUUUAUCCGUCUGGAUUGGAAAAGUCCGUCCGUUGCUUCCGUGAUACUGAUUGGUCAAUAGAAUCAUUUAUGUCAUCAAAUCAACAAGAUAGUACAUCCUCAUCGACUAUUGAAGAUAGACAAGAAGAAGCAGCAAUGUCAUCAAAUAUAUUACAAGUUGAUGGAAAAGAAGUUACUUCUAUGUAUCCAUUUUUUGAC